UCCUACAACAAUUUACGCAUAUAUACACACAGAUAUAGUAUAUAGAAGUGACAUAAUAAUUUAUAAUAAGAAAAAAAUUACAUACAGUAUCCACGCUUAUUUUUGUAUAUAUAUAUAUAUAUAUAUAUUCAACUUAACGUAUAGGAAGGAACCAUAAAAGCACAGAGAGCUUGUUACUUGGAUUUCAUGGCUUUAGAAAAUAUUGGGUACGUGGAGGCUGCACUAGGUGGGGCAGCGGUGGUAUACUUUCUGAUGGUGGUUCACCACUGGUGGCGGGACAGAAACGCCGUGAUCAUGGCUUGGCCGGUGGUGGGCAUGCUGCCGCAGCUUCUUCUAAACGCCUCACUCAUACAUGAUUAUGCUAAUGAAAUUUUGAAGAAAAGUGGGGGCACCUUUGUCUUCAAAAACCCUUGGUUUACUGGUGAUUCGGAUUUCAUUAUCACUUCUAGUCCAUCCAAUAUUGAACACAUCUUGACCUCCAACUUCGCCAAUUAUCCGAAAGGAGAAGAGUUCAGAGAGGUCUUCGACCCUCUUGGAGAUGGGAUUUUGAACGUUGAUUCAGAUCUGUGGAGACUUCAGAGAAAGAUGUUUCAGCUGUGGAGCAGACGACACAAAAAAUUUGUGUCGUUCAUUGCUAAGACUAUACACCAUAAGCUGGUGGAUCAUUUCAUCCCAUUUCUGGAUAAUCACUCUCAAACAGGACUUCAGGUUGACUUGCAAGAAUCAUUUCAGCGGAUGAUCACCUUUGACAACGCAAUUUUAUUGACUAUGGGUGUGAACCCAACUUCCCACUGGUUUCAACUCCCUCAAGUUGAGUAUCAGAAAGCUUUCGAAGAUAUGCAAAAGGCUGUGAUUCAACGACACAUACUGCCCCAGAGUUUUUGGAAGCUGCAAAGGUGGCUAAAAAUCGGAGGAGAGGCAAAGCUAGCUAAGGCUCGAAAAAUCUUUGACGAAUUCAUGUUCAGAUGCAUCUCACUGAAACAAGAACAACUCGCCAUGAACAGUAUUAAUAAUACUAAAGAAGAAGAUGAUGAUGAAGCUCACUUUGGUAUGCUGUCCAUUUAUUUGGAAGAAAAGGAGAAGCCCUACUCAACCAAGUUUCUAAAGGACGUGGCCAUGGAUUUUAUGGCGGCAUCCAGAGACACAUUCAGCUCAAGUCUCACCUGGUUUUUCUGGGUUGUUGCGACUCAUCCAACAGUAGAGACCAAAAUUAUUGAGGAAAUGAAACAAUAUUUAGAUCCUCGUAGCACUUCAUUUGGUGUAGAGGAACUGAAUAAGUUGAUCUAUUUGCAAGCUGCAGUGUACGAGACCUUUCGACUCUAUCCACCAUUACCAUUCAAUCAUAAAACUGCGGAUAAGGAUGACAUUCUUCCAAGUGGUCACCGUGUGAAGAAAAAGCAAAGGGUUUUGAUGUCGUUUUACUCAACUGGGAGGAUGGAAGAGAUAUGGGGCAAGGACUGCUUGGAAUUCAAGCCAGAAAGAUGGAUUACAGAGGAAGGAGGUUUUGUGUACGUACCAUCUCACAAGUACCCGAUUUUUAAUGGUGGACCAAGGACUUGUUUGGGUAAAGACAUGACUUUGAUUCAAAUGAAAGUGGCUGCAAUUACUAUACUUGCCAAAUACUCUUUUCAAGUGGUGGUAGGACAUCCUAUAUCUCCUAGUUUAACUGUCACCAUGGGCAUGAAAAGUGGGCUCGUGGUUAAGGUUUUAAAAAGAUGUAGUUCUUGAAAUCGAAAGAUGGAACGUAACGUACUAUAUAAAAAUAAAUAAUUCCAUCCUAGUAUUUAACUAGAUCUUAAGAGUGAGCUCUCUACUACUAAUAAAUAUUUUACCAGUUAGACUCUCA